GCCGGCUGAGGCGGGUCCCGCCGCGUCCCCGGAGGGGUUGGGAAGCUGCUGAGCGGCCUGGAACAGCUCCCGCCGUGCCUCGUCCUUGGUGCUGCUCCGAGGGAGCAUCCUCAGCGGUUUGCCCGUCUUGUGCUGUAACCAAGGGCAUUUGAUUUUCACAAGCGUUUAAGCGAGGGGCUUUUCUCAGCAUGCAGUUGCUUUAGAUUUGGGCGUGAUCACCAGCCACAUCCUCCGCAUUGGACAUUCAGCUUCUCUUUCCAAACCUUCUUCCUGCUUUUAUGAAGAAUAAAAUCUUAAAUUGUCCUGGGCUCGAGCAGUAAAGGAUAAAUUCAUUCACUGGCUGACUUGUCAUCUCACCAUUGUGAUGGAAAAAUGCUCCCUUAAAAUAAACCCUUUUUAUGCCACUAAAACUGCCUUUGAAUACAAGAUCUGUUGCGAUUUUUAAAACACAAACCCAAUAAUGUCAGAACCCGACCCUUCGUCUGGAUUUGUGGGAAACAUGGAAAAUGGGACUUUCCUGGAGCUGUAUCCCACAUCCCUUUCAACUUCAGUGGAUUCAUCUCCUGGCCGUUUAUCCAACGUCUAUGUCUAUGUUUCUAUAUUCCUUAGUCUCUUAGCUUUUCUCCUUUUGCUACUCAUCAUUGCACUUCAGAGGCUGAAAAACAUAAUUUCCUCCAGUUCCUCCUACCCGGAAUACAAUAGUGACGCUGGAAGCUCGUUCACUAAUUUAGAGGUUUGUAGUAUUUCUUCCCAGCGCUCUGCUCUCUCAAACCUUUCUUCAUGAAAAUAAAUGAAAGGAAACACACAGGGAAUGGAAGAGCUUUGUCUAGCUUCUUGGAGAAGUAGUGCAUGUAACAUUUGCCUUAGAAGACUACUAUCAAGAGGUGUUUUUAAAAGUUUCCUUGUUUUUUUCCCCUUUAACUAAUUUUCAUUUUGGACAAUGGAUAAUGAUACCUGAUCAUCAUUUCUUGCCUGUAAUAGUGAUGCUGUCUCUUUCUCACACAUAGACGGUGUUCAUUAAGAGUAUUCCUGCCAUAUUGUAAUACUGUUCUAACUGGAUGUGUCAUUUCUCUGCUCUAAUUGUGACCCCUUCCCUGGUCUUGUGUCAGCAAUAUGCUGACUAUUUUUCUUUUCCUUUUUUAAUUAUAUAAGGACUUCUGGAUGAAAUCCCUAUUGCUAAAGUACAAAAAAUUCUGCUUAAAUUAUAAAUAUUGGGACAAUUAAAAGUUGUUGAUUAUUUCCUUUCUUACUUUUUAAUUUUCACAUAUUUUUCAGUAUUUAUUGAUGUUUAUAAAACACAACUAAUUCUUGAAGAACAUUGUUUUUGUUUAUUUGUACUCCUGUCUUGUUCUGUAUGAAGUCUGUAUUUCAGUUUUUGAGUCUCUUUGGUUAACUUAGUAAAGCGACUACAAUAACAAUGCUCA